AUGAACCUUUUUGGAGUUGGACGAAAUUGCCCUUACAGCGGAUCUCAUAGAAGCAGUAGCAGAAUUGACAGCCGCCUCAAUAUACUUGUUAGCAGCAAAAGACGCAGCCUUUUCGAGGUUUUUCCCCAAUUUGCGGGCGUUGUCGGCAAGGCUGACCAGGCUGUCAUGCUCGGCGGCGGCAGAUCGGUCCAUCUCCUCCUCGAAGCGGCGGAAUUCGGCCAUGGCGCUGUCCAUCACCGAGUCCAGAUACUCCUCGGACUCCCUCAUCUCGUCGUGGGCCUCUUGGGCCUCGUUCUCGGCCUGGAGCUCGAGAUUGGCCCAAGCCCGGUACGCCUCGACUUCGAACAGCUUCAUGAGAUCCUCGAUUGUGGAGGGAUCGAAGGACAUCUCGAUAUGCAUUGUGAGAAAAGAACAGAAGAUAUUGGCAAGGGUAGGCUGGCAGAGUGA